AUGGGAACGCUCCACCAUGUUGUGCACGCGGGUGCGAAGGCGAUUACCGUCCACGAGUUCAUGGACGCCGUCCGCGCCACUUGUACCCCGAGGUUUCCCGGCGCCAGGGGGCUCAUGCACAGACGAGCUGCCAUUGCCGUGAGCGGAGGCGUCGACUCCAUGGCCCUUGCCUUCCUCUGCUCCCGCACUCGCAAGAUCGACCCCGAGUUCAAGAUCGCCGACAACCCCGUGUCCGGGUUCCGCGUCAUCAUCGUCGACCACGGCCUGCGCAAGGGGUCCACCGAAGAGGCCCACGCCGUCUCCAGGGCCGUCAGGGACAUGGGCUUGAUCGAGGAGGUAGCUACCAUCAACUGGGCCAAGGUCCUGUCUGAUAACCAGCUUCCCAAAGACCUGACCAACAUCGAGAGCAUGGCCCGCACGUUGCGGUACAGGAAGCUCGGCGCCGCCUGCGUCAUCUUCAACAUCGCUAGUCUUCUCCUCGCGCACCACAAGGACGACCAGUACGAGACUGUUCUCAUGCGCAUGUUGCAGGGGCACGGCAUCCGCGGUCUGCGAGGCAUGAGGGCCGCCCAGGACAUUCCUGAGUGCGAAGGCCUGUUCGGUGCCGACAAGAGCGGGUUUGUCGAUGAUCAAGCCCGGGAUUUCCCUUUCUACAACUUUAGACCGACGAGGAGGGAGCGCAAGUACAUGCGCCGGGAAUUCGGCGACGAGAUCAGCAAGCUCGUGGGUGGGUCGGAGCCGGAAGACUGGGCCGCGGCCGACCUCGACGCCGAGGAAUUCUACAAGCCGAAGGAAAGCCUACGAUUCGAGCCCAAAGGACUUGACAUCGAAGACGGUGGCAUCACCAUUUUCCGGCCCCUGCUGGAAUUCAGCAAGGACCGCCUCAUCGCAACUUGUCUGGAGAAUAAUAUUCCGUGGUGGGACGACGCUACUAACAAGGAUCCUACGCUUACCACGAGGAAUGCUAUCAGACAUCUAUAUAAGGGCUACACCCUCCCCAAGGCUCUGCAAAAACCAGCUAUCCUCGAACUCUCCAGGAGGUGCGAGCGGAAGGUUCAGGCCCAGGAGGCCGAGGCAAACAGGCUACUUACCCGGACCAUCAUCCACGAUCUCGAGCUACUCUCCGGGACCACGACGGUGCAGUUUCCGAAAGUGAAGCUUCCUAGGUCGAGGAGAGAUAUUCGCUCGCCCUUGCGCCGCCGAGCGCGCAUACUGAGGAAAAGACAGAUUGCCGCCAUUCUCAUACGCAAGAUUAUCUUGCUGGUUAGUCCGGAUCCGUUACCGCUCCUUUCGACUCUCGAGAACCACAUAACGCCCCUCUUGCCAUCUCUCGCGCUCCCCGAAGAGUUGCCCGUCGCCACGCCUCCCAAAGCGUUCAGCAUCGCCGGCGUUCAUCUCGUACCGGUCGAGUCUACACCCUCCGACGAUCCGACGACCGCGGAGAUGGCAGCAGACCAGGAACCGGUGAACUGGUACAUCUCCCGCAUGCCGUACCCGUCCACGAAGCCCCUACCGCGCGUCCGCACCCCGUACUGGGCCAGCAGCCGCAACAAGAAGGGGAAGUGGAUCAUGUCGGACUGGAUGCCGUGGUCGCUCUGGGACGGGCGGUACUGGUUCCGGAUCCAGCACCGGUUCCCGUACCGCGUGCUCGUGCUGCCCUUCCUGCUCGAGCACGCCAAGGACUUCCGCGAGAACCUCCCUCCGGCUGACCGCAAGCGCCUCGCGGCUCUGCUCAAGAGGUACGCCCCCGGCAAGGUCAGGUUCACGUUGCCCGCUUUCUACCUCGAGGAACCGCUCGACCUGCUCGACCCGGAUUGCGAGCCUAGGCCGAGGUACCCGAUGGUCGAGUGGGGGAAGAAUGUGCUGGGUGAGGAUGUGGGAGAUUAUGACGAUGGUAAUAAAACCACCACCACCGAUAAUAAUCAUAACGGUAAGGAUGGGGUUGGAGAUGGCGAGGGCGAAGGCGAGAACGGCAAAGAUAACAGGGAGAAAACCGGGCAAGGGUGGAAACCGCCGUCGCUCCACCCCGUCAUCAUGGACACCUCCAUGCUCAAGCUCAUCGCCCUGCCUACCCUGGGCAUCAAGCACCCGGGCCUGGACGAGUGGAUGGAGUACGAGACGCGGUAUAGGAAGGUCGAUCGGAACACUACGUUGACGGCGGGGACGUUUGAUAGGGGCUCGUUUGCUGCGAUGCCCGAGGGCGGGGAGAGGAUCACUGGUAGGGUGCGGCGGGUUGGUGCUGGUGGGGAGAGGUUGAUGAGGGGGAAGGGGAAGGGGAAGGGGAAGGGGUGA